AUGAAUAUUGAAGACCUUGCCAAAGAUGAAGCCGCGAAAGCAAAACCCCUGAAAAAGAAAGGCUACGACGACGUCGAAAUCAGCGAUUUAUCAAUGUCAUCCGAAAAGAAAGAGUCAAAGGAAAGGAAAUCAACAGAAAAAGACUCAGACCUGAAAAGUGGUGAGAAAACCAAAGAUAAAGAGAAGUCCGGGGAGAGGACACCAGAGAAAUCCGGAGAGGCGUUGGAUAAGUCCGCGGAGCCGGUGCCGAAGAAGGGUGAUAUACCACCAGAGCAAAAACGGGUACGACAUUGUUGA